AUGACAGAUGCUCAAACAAUACCUGUUGGGAGGUUAGAUGAUGAAGUACCCACAAGCCAGAGAACGAAAUUGCUUGCCGUAGUCUUCUUUUUCACAAGGCUGGUUCGAAAACACGGUAAGUUGAAAAAAGCAGCAGUCGAGAGGUUUGCCGAGAAAUUGAUACUUCAGGAAAAAUAUAAAAAUCACUGGUAUCCAGAAAAACCAUCAAAAGGCAGAUGCAUUCGUGUCAAUAAGUUUCAGAGAGUUGAUCCUGAUGUCCUGAAAGCCUGUGAGGACAGCUGCAUUUUGUACAGUGACCUGGGCUUGCCAAAGGAACUCACUCUAUGGGUGGACCCAUGUGAGGUGUGCUGUCGGUAUGGAGAGAAAAACAACGCAUUCAUUGUUGCCAGCUUUGAAAAUGAGGAUGAGAACAAGGAUGAGAUUUCCAAGAAGGUGACCAGGGCCCUUGAUAAGGUUACCUCUGAUUAUCAUUCGGGGUCCUCUUCUUCAGAUGAAGAAACAAGUAAGGAAGUAGAAGUGAAACCCAAUUCAGUGGCUGCGACCCCCGGCCCCGUGUACCAGAUUUCAGAGCUGAUAUUUCCGCCUCUUCCAAUGUGGCGCCCUUUACCCAGAAGAAAACCAGGAAUGUACCGAGGGAAUGGUCAUCAAAGUCACUACCCUCCUCCUGUUCCAUUUGGUUAUCCAAGUCAGGGAAGGAAGAAUAAACCAUAUCGCCCAAUUCCAGUAACAUGGGUACCUCCUCCUGGAAUGCACUGUGACCCGGAUCACUGGAUUAAUCCUCACAUGUUAGCACCUCACUAGCUGCUUUGAUUCUGUUGGUGUCAUGUUGAGAGAAGGAAGAAUAAACCAUAUCGCCCAAUUCCAGUAACAUGGGUACCUCCUCCUGG